AAGUCGAGCCGUACUUGUCUUUCUUCCUCCUUCGGCGGUUUUCUGUUCCUCUGCGUCUCGGCCGGCUACUGUGUUCUUUUUAUUUGGGUGUGUUGGGUGAAGACAGGCAGGGAUGUCGGAGCUGGAGGGCCUCGAGUUCGGCAAGUCGGACUUUGUGCUGCUGGAUGAGGUGACGAUGGAGCAGUUCAUGGAGAACCUGAAGCUGAGGUUUGUGAAGGGCCGUAUCUACACGUACAUCGGAGAGGUCGUCGUCUCCGUUAACCCGUACAGACAGAUGGAGAUUUACGGCAAAGACACCAUUGACGCGUACCGCGGCCGGGAGCUCUACGAAAACCCUCCUCACCUGUACGCAGUGUCUGAUGCCGCCUAUAAGGCCAUGAAGAGGCGGGCCAAAGAUACCUGCAUUGUGAUAUCAGGUGAAAGUGGGGCAGGAAAAACCGAGGCUAGUAAAUACAUCAUGCAGUACAUUGCAGCCAUCACAAACCCGAGCCAGAGGGCGGAGGUUGAGAGCGUGAAGAACGUGCUGCUCAAAUCCAACUGUGUGCUGGAGGCCUUCGGGAACGCCAAGACCAAUCGCAACGACAACUCCAGCCGCUUCGGCAAGUACAUGGACAUCAACUUCAACUUCAACGGGGAGCCCACCGGAGGGCACAUCAACAACUACCUGCUGGAGAAGUCCAGGGUGGUGCAGCAGCAAAACGGGGAGAGGAACUUCCACUCGUUCUACCAGUUAUUGCGCGGAGGCUCAGAUGAGAUGCUGGAGUCGUUACAUCUACAGAACGAUCCUGCUGCUUUUAUUUAUACCAAAGAGGGAGCUGCAACUGCUACCUCCAAUAACGACCGCGGAAGCCACAAAGCAGUGAUGAGUGCCCUGGAAGUGAUCGGCUUCUCAGCAGAGGAGAUUAACUCAAUUUAUCAGAUCCUGGCCUCCAUUCUUCUGCUGGGUAACCUCCAGUUUGAGAGCGAUGGUGAGAGCGUUCAGAUCCUGGGCCUUGAAGCCGUGACUCGCAUCGCUGAGCUGACGGCCACGCAGGCAGACAGCGUCUGCAAGAGCCUGCUGUUCCGCACCGUGGCCACCGGGGGUGGCGAGGUCAUCGAGAAGGGCCACACGGAGCAGGACACCUGCUUUGGAAGAGACGCUUUCGCCAAGGCUCUGUACGAGAGGCUCUUCGGCUGGAUUGUGAGCCGCAUCAACAGCAUUAUCGAAGUCAAAGACUACGACCCGGUGCUCCACGGGAAGAACACCGUGAUCGGCGUGCUGGAUAUCUACGGCUUCGAGAUCUUUGACAACAACAGUUUUGAACAGUUCUGCAUCAACUACUGCAACGAGAAGCUGCAGCAGCUCUUCAUCGAGUUGAUCCUCAGACAGGAGCAGGGCGAGUACCAGAGAGAGGGCAUCACCUGGCAGCACAUUGACUACUUCAACAACCAGAUCAUCGUGGACCUGGUGGAGCAGCCCCACAAGGGCAUCAUCUCCAUUCUGGAUGAGGCUUGCCUCACCGUUGGCAAUGUCACCGACACGGUCUGCCUGGAGAGCAUGGACACCAAGCUGGCCCAGCACCCCCACUACACCUCCCGCACGCUCAGCCCCACCGACAAAAGCCUGGACUUUAAGAAACACUUUCGCAUCCGCCACUACGCUGGAGACGUAACAUAUUCCGUCGAUGGCUUUUUGGAAAAGAACAAGGACCUGCUUUUCCAAGAUUUCAAGCGUCUCAUGUACAACAGUGCCAACCCAGUCCUGAAGGAGAUGUGGCCAGAUGGUCAGCUGAGCAUCACAGAGGUCACCAAGCGACCUCUGACCGCGGCCACCCUCUUCAAGAACUCCAUUGUGGCCUUGGUGGAUAAACUGGGAUGCAAGGAGCCUUACUACGUGCGGUGCAUUAAGCCCAACGAGAUGAAGUCUCCGGUGCUGUUCGACGACGCUCGCUGCCAGCAUCAGGUGGCCUACCUGGGCCUGAUGGAGAACGUCAUGGUGCGCAGAGCGGGCUUCGCCUACAGGCAGCAUUACGCUCGCGUCCUGCAGCGGUAUAAAAUGACGUGCGAGUACACCUGGCCGAACCACUUGAUGGACUCGGACAGGGAGGCCGUGGAGGCCAUCGUCACCCAGCACGGUUUCCAGGACGACGUGGCGUACGGGCUCACCAAGCUGUUUGUCCGAACGCCGCGGUCACUCUUCACUCUGGAGCAGGAGAGGGCCGCCCUCAUCCCCAUCCUGGUGCUCUUCCUGCAGAAGGUUUGGCGAGGGGCUUUGGCUCGAAAGAGGUGCCGGCGUAUGAAGGCCAUCUACGCCAUCAUGGGCUGCUAUAAGCGCUACAAGGUGAAGGCCCACUUUUGGGAAGUGGAGAGGAGGUUUGCUAAUGUGCGAACCACGGCCGACUACGGAAGGAGCGUGGAGUGGCCGACGCCGCCCGCCGCUCUGUCCCAGUUCCACGACAACACCGUCAUGCUGCAUCGCAGGUGGUGGGCGAGGCAGAUCGUGAAGAACAUCCCUCCGUCCGACAUGCUGGAGGUCCGGGCCAAGGUGGCGGCCCUGACGGCUCUGGGUGGAGAGAGGAAGGAUUGGGGAGUCAGCCGAGCCUGGGAGAGGGACUACUUAUCCAGCGUGAGGGACUGCCCCCAGACCAGCUCCGGCUUCAUCCGCGUUUCCAAGGAGCUGAGGAACAAAGACGACCACAGUCAGGUCCUCUUCUCUGGCUUCUGUAGGAAGGUGAAUAGAUUCAACAAAAGCACCGACCGAUGCAUGCUCAUCACAGACAAGUACGUCUACAAAUUGGAGCCAAGGAAGCAGUUCAAGGUUUUGAAGAGGCUUCCCUUGGAUGCAUUGACGGGGCUGAGCGUGACCCACGGGGUGGACCAGAUGGUGGCGCUCCACACGUCCUCCCAGGACGACGUCCUGCUGUGCCUGCAGCGCGGGGCGCUGUGCGCCAACCAGGACCGGGUGGGCGAGCUGGUGGGCACGUUGGUGGACCACUUCACACGGAUAAGGAAAGUCCAGUUCCCCAUAAAGGUUUGCCCUUCAGCCUUGGGGCUCCACAUGCGGGGCAAAGCCAAGAGCGUCACCGUGGAAACCAAAGCGGGCCAAACCAGCGCGGACUUCAAGAAGAGCCGAGACGGUUUCGUCUUGCUCGUCCCCGCCGACUAGCGGCUCGACCUCAGGACCUCGACUACAGCGCCGCAGCUCGGCGCGUUUGGGACCCGGUCGGGAAGAAGAUUGUUUGAAUGUUUGAAGGGCAGAGUCCGUUUUCUUAAUCCUGAGCUGCAGGAGAGUAAUGUCCACCGCAUUAUUACAAAAGUGUAAAUAGAGAAAUUGGGUUGCCGGACAGACUCAGGACGAAGCUGUUUUUAAUGCUGCACAAGAUAUUUGAUGGACUUUUUAAGACAAAAUUGAACAAAAAACAGUGGUGUCUCGCCCAUAGAGGGUCAUGGUGCACGACCCCACCUCGAGCCACAAAAAAAAAAUAUUAUUAUUUUAUUAUUUUGACAAAUAGUCCAUAUUUGUGUUUUUGAAACAUGGAAUAUACCCAGUUAUAUUUGUAAAAAAAAAAGGUAUCUGCGCAAAAUAUAUGCUUUUCCUGCAUGUCGUCUCUGCAUGUCUCAGCUGGGCUCGGGCCAAAAGAGGCGGGUCUAAGAAGCCGUUUAGCCAAUCACUGAUUAAAGAUGAAUGAGUGACACAUCAUUUCAGCGUCCUUAAAUAGAUUCAGGACAGAAUCCAGCAUGUGAGUAAGGGACAUGAAGCACUCGGACAGAGGACAGAGGACUGCAGUGAGGAAACAACCACGACGACGUGGAUGAAAACAUCUCAUCCAAAAUAAUUCAUCGUGUGAAGUUUUGAGUUGGUCUUUCUUUCCAACACACUGAUUUCCCCAACAAACCAACCGUGGGUCCAUAGAGGCAUCUUAUAUAUAUAUAAUAUUCAUGAUAUUUAUAUUGUAUGCUUGUAAUGCGAUAUGGUAUUUAUAUCAUGUACUAAAUAUUGUUUUUUUAUAUAUAUUAAUACACCGAAUUGUACGAAAAAGAUGUCCUUGUUAUGUUAAAUUGUUGGAAUAAAUAUGACCAUCGACAGUAUUGGAUCAUCUAGCCGGACGCAGUGAGAAGAAGCUUCUCUAUUCGUGAUGUCAUUAGCAAAUGAUGCUGGUUAAUGGCUCUGCCUGUAACAAACCUUUUACUAUACAGACUGAGCCUAAUUAAUCUCCUCAAGUACGAACCCCCUAAUGGUGUAACAGUCGCCUCCUCUCUGGGCUUCAGGAGAGUAAUUAAAGUGUGAUAAAAGUUUCAUUAAACUUUAGAAUGUUUUCGUAGUUUUUGCUGCCAUGGCAUUGAACUAAAACAAAUUACUGUGCAUUUAUAAAGAAAAACAUCAUUCAUUUGUAAAAACAGGCUGAAUGAUUCCAAACAAUAAUGUCCAAGUAAAUCUAUCAAUACAUGUACCAAUGUUGGCUAUUUAAAGGGAGGUAAAAUUAGCUUUUGGAAAUGUGUUACUUUAAAACAGUAAUAUGUCUGAAGAAUAAGGAUAUUAAAAAAAGGCACCAGCAUCAAUCCAUAGGAUUCAUGCUGCAUAUUAACUACUAUAUUAAUACUGAAAUGUCAAAGCACAUACGCACUAUUUUGAUUCUUUAACUGGUUCGAUAUGAAUCACUUUGAAUGGCCUCACUGGUGAAAUGUGCUAUACAGAUAAACUCGCCUGGCCCAUCUCUCUGAAAAUCUCAUUUGAAUACCUCAAACGUGAUCACAGCACAAAAAGCGGGCUUCUGUGGAAGACAUCUUCUGCCAAAUGAUGUCAUCCCAACUAAAUGCAUUGACAAUCACCUCCAUAGUGUGACUUAACAUCCAUAACAAUAACAAUGGACCAUUAAAUGAGCUGUCUGCAAAACGGGUGCAUGUGACCUUAGUGGUGCAUAGAAUGUGAGGGUAAAAAACCAGGGUAAAGGUAAUGUCCUACCUUUGCAGUUUUGUGAUGAAACUGGUAUUCAACAGCAUGUCAAUGCUGCUUAUGGAAACUAUGUCACUUUUGUGUGUUUUAUAGCACUAAAAACUCUCCAACAUUGCUCUGCUUGUUUUUUUUAGCAUCAGCAUCUUGACAGAUGUCCAGAUGUUUUGAUGUGCUUUACAAGAGGUUUUUGGCAGCACAGCAUCAUUUCU